AUGACUUUUGACCAACGACCACCAGGUGAAGAGCAUGAUGAGCAUUUAAUGUUUAAUAAUGACAUGCUAAGUUGGUCAUCUCAACAAUCACCUUAUAAUCAACCACCUCCACCACCAUCACAGACACCGUUGGAUAUGUCACUGCAGGCAGUUGUAUCAUCAAACGGUAAUACGCCUACAACACCAUCGCCAGCUACAGCUAUUGUGCCAUCAUCAGCGCCUACUGCGAGUACAGUUGCUACACCAUUACCUACGACCAACACGACGAAUCCUGCCUUGGCUCCUCCCCCUCCCAUGCUGGAUCCUUCAAAGCAAUAUCAUCCUGAAUGGGGUGUUAUCAAGGACCAAGAUUUUCACCCAUUGACCUUGAAGCACCAACGAGAUUUAGAAAAUUUAUAUACGACAGGAGCAGCCAUUGCAGACUUUUAUUUUUGGCAGGCCAAUCUUGGAGGUUAUUGUAUGGCAGACAUGGUGCAAGGUAUCGUUGUCUCGUCUGAAGGCGCUUUUGUGUUGGAAAGAAAGAUUGUAGAAGGUGCGCCACAUCCAGGAAGAAGGAAGAAGAAGCGCGCAUAA